AUGACCGUCAAUGGUUUAAAUCCACAAGUCGAAAGGGACAUUAAUGUGGGCAGUUCUAGUGGGCAAGCACUGGAUUUAGCAUUUGUUAUGGACUGUACUGGGAGCAUGGGAUCGUAUAUAGAUACUGCCAGACAACAUAUCCAGGCCAUUGUUGACGAAAUUGUAACUUCUUCCAACACCACUGUUCGCUUAGCAUUGAUUGAAUAUCGAGAUCAUCCUCCGCAGGAUAAUACGUUUGUUACAAAAACAUACAAUUUUACCGAUUCCGUGUUUAUGAUGAAAAUUUGGCUAAAUGCUGCACGCGCCACUGGAGGUGGGGAUGGUCCCGAGGCAGUGGCUGAAGCUUUGUUCAAAGCCACGAAACUAUCAUGGCGUCCCGAGGCCACCAAAAUAACUGUAUUGAUUUCUGAUGCACCUCCUCAUGGACUUGUUCCGUCGCAAGACAGUUCAUUCCCAAACGGGUCUCCCACUGGACACGAUCCAAUGAAGAUAGUUCGUGACCUAGCUCAAAUGGGUGUUACCUUAUAUGUUAUUGGUUGUGAACCAGCAAUACUUCCGUAUAAAGACUUUUUCAUGGCACUUGACUAUUUGGCCGGUGGGCAAUACGUACCUCUAUCAAGGCCGGAGCUUCUGGUGGAUGUUAUAACAGGCGGCGCACAAGAAGAACUGUCAAUUCAGAAAUUCGAAAAGCUCGUGCAGGCUGAGUUCCAGAAAGCUAUUGCAGCAGGAGGCCCUGUUAAUAAAGAGAAAAUUUCACAAACUGUAUAUAACAAGCUUGUUAAUUCGGGAGCAACAUCGACUCAUUUGUUAUUAAACAAUGCAACGUUGGAAGGCACAACUGAUGCCGCAAAACAACUUGCAUCGGCUACAUCUAUGGCGGAAGUACGACUCCAUUUCCAUAUGGCAACUGCAAAACCUGUCAUUUAUCCAACAUAUGUUCCAGGACACCCUUAUCCAACAUAUGUUCCAGGACACGCUUAUCUGCCAGGAACAGGAACAGGAACGGGGGCGUUUACAGGAACAGGAACGUAUACAGGAACAGGGACGGGAACAGGAACAGGGACGGGAACAGGAAAAGGGACGUUUACAGGAACGGGGACAGGAACGUUUACAGGAAUAGGGACGGGAACAGGGACGGGAACAGGAACAGGGACGGGAAUAGGAACAGGAACAGGGACGUUUACAGGAACAGGGACGGGAACAGGAACAGGGACGGGAACAGGAACAGGAUCAGGAGGUUCCGGUUCAGGUACAGGUACCGUAGACACAUAUAGUGCUGUUCAUUCGGGAAUUAGUAUCGACCAAGUCGACAGAUUAGUACAGAAAGUUUUCGGUUGA